AUGGAUAAUGACAUACAGUUCACAGAAAAUGACCAUAACGUUCAUAUAAAACAACUGGAUUUAAACUUUAUUGUAGUUAUACGACUAUCACGAGAGGUUUUAUCUGCUAUGAAACUAUCUGAAAUUAAGAUAAAAUCACCCACCAAAAAGCAACAAAUUUCAACUAAAAGAGAAGCACAAAUACUGCAAUACAAUGCUCAACUUUUAAUGGAAGAGAGACAAUCUCGUUAUUCCAAGAGAACUGGGUUGACAAUUGAUUCGCCGACAGCAUCUCCUUCGGGGUCUCCCAAAAAGAAAAAAGUCAAAUUUGUAUGA